GUGAAAAUACCAUCUUGUACCAGCCCCGGGACGCGUCAGUACGGACCGGUGCAAGAUGCCCAAUUAGGAAAUAGGAGGGGUCGCUGCCCCCUGGCAGGCUUCCCGCGCCCCCCCAUGUCGACAAGCCGUUCAAUUUUCAUCGUCUCUCCCUUCAUCUGUCUCCCAGUCCCCCGGUUUCUUGGAUUCUUGGCUAGAUCUGCCAUCAUCCUUCGUCCUUGGACGACUUCCUUCUUUUUCGCCUUGCACCACCCAGCCUGCAUUGAUUUUGCAUUUCAUUCUUUCCACCCCCUUUGAUUGCUAUCAACACUCUCCCUUGACUGGCCGAGAGCUUUCUCUUCUGUCGUUGCGACCUUGAGGCACGCAUUGUGUGGUUUAAACAUACAAUUUCAUUCUUUUUUUGUCCACAUCUGGUUGGCAUUCGACAUAGAAAGCGAGAUAUCGAGGUACUGGGAAAAGACGACAGACAGACAAUCAGCAAUCACAGUCGCGCAGCUCAACGUUCCUUGAUCAUCAUCCCAUUGAGCACCACCUCAAUCCACUCAACAAUAGGUAUUCAAACCUUCCAGCAGGACUUGGACAGGAAAUCUGGAUACCACAGCAUUCGUUCUUUUCUCUCGGCAAAACAAUCGGUGGCCCGUACAGCUUCGACAGCAUUCAGCGACAUCAGAUGAACCUUUGACAUAGGUUGCGAUUCAACUUACCAAACACCACCUACUAGGAUAGAGUGGAGCACGAUUCAGUUCUUAUUGGAGACAGGAAUAUCAAAAUAACUCGACAGAAUUUGGGAGGAUUCAACAUGUCGGUAUCGGUUCCGGGAAAUGCCACAGCUGGCGCGCAGGCAGGUGGAGGGGGCCAUGGAGCAGCAGCGGGGGGAGCUACCAGCAGCGUGGAUCAUGCUGUCGUGAACAAGAUGCUUUCUCACUACUUGUUGAUUGUUCUGGGUGCAGUCUCGGGAGCCCUGCUCAUCUGGCGAGUUACCACAGUCUUGGUCCGAUAUGUCAGGACGGUAACCUGCCUUCACAACGACCAACAGCGAUACUUCGCCAAGCCAUCCCACAACUACUCAUGGUUCCAGAAGAACAUCCUCUACGCACCCAUCUUCAGCAAGAGGCACAACCGCGAGUUCCAGAUCAGCUCGGCCCUCAAUGUCGGCACUCUUCCGUCCCGUCUUCAGCUUUUUUUUCUCUUGGCCUACCUUGGCACCAACGUUGCCUUUUGCGUCAUGACCAUCGACUUCUCCGGCCCUCUUGGUCAAGUUGCGGCACUCAUUAGAAACAGGACCGGAUACCUCGCUGUUGUCAACAUGGUCCCUCUGUUCCUCAUGGCUGGCCGCAACAACCCUCUCAUCAAUCUUCUCGGCAUCUCUUUCGACACCUUCAAUCUUCUUCACCGCUGGUUUGGGCGUAUUGUCAUGCUGGAGUCUGUUGCCCACACAGUGGCCUGGUUGGUUGGCAAUGCUUCCAAGAACGGCUGGAGCGCUGCUUUCAACACUGCCAUCACCGUCAAGUUUCUGAUGUGGGGAUUCAUUUCGACUUGUGCCAUGAUUGCCCUUUGCAUUCAGGCAUCCAGCAUUUUCAGACACGCCUACUAUGAGACCUUCAAGAUUGCCCAUAUCGCCCUCGCAAUCUUGGCGGUUCUUGGUCUCUGGUACCACCUCGACCUCAAGAAGCUCCCACAGCUCAAGUAUCUCUACGCCGUUUGUGCCCUGUGGAUCUUUGACCGUGCUGCCCGUUUCCUUCGUGUCGGAUAUCGCAACAUCGGAGCCGGUGGGACCAAGACUCUCGUUGAGGCUCUCCCUGGCGGUGCCUGCCGCGUGACUGUCAGCAUGGCCCGCCCUUGGGAUUUCCGGCCCGGACAGCACGCCUACCUUUACAUGCCAUCUAUCGGUUUCUGGCAAUCUCACCCUUUCACCGUAGCCUGGAGCGACGAAGUUGAGCAGCUCGACGGUGAAAAGGGUCUCCCGAUGGACCGCCACGAUGUCUUGUAUCAGAAGAAGACGUCUGUUUCUUUCAUUAUCCGUGGCCGCACCGGCUUCACUGGUGCGCUCUACAGCCGCGCGGCCGCCAACCCCGACGGAAAGCUUGUUACCCGUUGUCUUGUCGAGGGUCCCUAUCGCGGCUCUCACCAACUUCACUCGUACGGAACAGUCAUGCUCUUUGCCGGUGGUGUUGGUGUGACCCAGGCCGUUCCCCACGUCCGCGAUCUCGUCGCUGGUUAUAGCAACGGGACAGUUGCUGCUCGCAAGGUCAUCAUGGUCUGGGUGAUCCAGACUCCUGAGCACCUCGAAUGGAUUCGCCCCUGGAUGACCGAGAUUCUGGCCAUGGAGAAGCGCCGCGAGGUUCUCAAGAUCAUGUUGUUCGUCAGCAGGCCUCGCUCGACCAAGGAAAUUCACAGCCCCAGCUCAACAGUACAGAUGUUCCCCGGCCGGCCCAACAUCGACACACUGCUGGGUAUGGAGAUGGAGAACCAGAUCGGCACCAUGGCUGUGACUGUGUGCGGGCCAGGCGCGCUGAGCGAUGAGGUCAGGCGGGCAGUGAGAAAUAAGCAGUAUAACGGAGCCGUGGACUUUGUGGAGGAGGCCUUUUCGUGGUAGUCACACGAUAGGAGAUGAAAGGGGAGUGAGAGGAGGUAGGGGGCAUUGCAUAUUUAUUUUCAUUCUAUUGUACAUAUUUUUUCUUUGUUUUUCUGGAGUUGGGAUGAUUCGAUUUUGGCGCUCACCCGAGGUAUCGCGCAGCGAUUCAGGAGAGGAAGUAAAAGGCUUAGACAAGCCUGAUGAUGAUGAGAAGAUAGAUACCAAGAAUAUUUUGGAUCUCAUACAACAACAUUCAUAUUGUAAAUAUUUGAUCAUCUAUAUUUCCAUUCCACGGUUGCAU